UACUAACCUUGAGCUGUCUUAUGUAAGACAAUUACAAUAUACCUUUCCUCCUAGUAAAUCAUUACCUCAACUUUUAAGGCUGCGCACAAGUCCAGAUGCACAAUUAUUUGUAGCAGAUAUCCUGAGAAAUUGCUUGCAACCAAAACUAAUAGAGUUCAAGACGUUCAGUGGAGUCUUCCCCAGGAAGAUGUCGUCUGUGACAAUGGAAGCCCGUUGUCUGGACAAGAGAGGAAGUUUCUUUAAGCUCAUUGACACAAUUGCCUCAGAAAUUGGAGAAUUGAAACAAGAGAUGGUACAGACAGAUCUCAUGCUGGAAGAUGGAUCCACUGUUUCACAAAGCCUGCUUAACGACAUGGAUAAUACCUGUCCUGAGAAAAAGGAUGUAAAAGGCUGUCCCCGGGAUUCUGGCUAUGACAGUCUCUCCAGUAAACUCAGCAUACUAGAUAAACUUCUCCACACCCAUCCCGUGUGGCUGCAGCUUGGCCUGAAUGACUCUGAAGCCGUGGAAAUUCUGCAGUCCCAGCCCCCUGGAAUCUUUCUGGUUAGGAAAUCCACAAGAAUGCAGAAGAAAGUCCUAUCGCUCCGUGUUCCCAAUGAAUUUGGCUCUCGCCUCAAGGAAUUCGCAAUAAAAGAAAGCACGUAUACCUUUUCUUUGGAAGGCUCUGGAAUAAGUUUUGCUGAUUUAUUCAGGCUCAUUGCUUUCUACUGUAUUAGCAGAGAUGUCCUGCCAUUCACCUUGAAAUUGCCCCAUGCUAUUGCAGCAGCAAAGACAGAGGCCCAACUUGAAGACAUUGCUCAGCUGGGACUGAAUUUUUGGAGUUCUCCGGCUAACAAGAGCCCCCCAAAUCCUUCACCUCCCCGUAGGCCUCUGCCCUCAGACAAUGCCUCCAAAGACUCACGUCAGCUCUGCCUUAUAAAUGGAGUGCAUUCUAUAAGAACCAGAACGCCUUCGGAGCUGGAGUGUAGCCAGACCAACGGAGCCUUGUGUUUUAUUAAUCCUCUCUUCUUAAAAGUGCACAGCCAGGAUGUUAGUGGAAGUUUGAAAAGGCAGAGCCCAAGAACUCAAGAUGUGAAUGGCACAGAGAGGCCUCGCUCCCCCCCACCCAGACCUCCGCCACCUUCUAUUAAUAGCCUUCUCACAAGUCCGCAGCUCUCCAGGACUAUAAAGCAGGCGAGCAUGCCAGGAACAGUCAACCAUAACAAACAUAGGAACUUGGAUUUGCUGCAGAAGAAACCAACCCCUAUUCCGCCUCCGCGUCUGAAGAAGCAGGCUGUUUGCUUAGAAGGGGAAGGUAAUGCAAAGACCUUGGAAGUAAUUCGAUCUAGUCAUAACUCAGUGUGUGGGUCAGAAGCUGUUAGCAUUCCAGGUGAAGCUCUGUGUGAGCAAAAUUUAGCUGCUUGCAGAAAAACCUUGGCUGCAAACUCUGAGUCACAAGUACCGUGGAAUGGAGGCAGGCAGAGACUGAGCGACAUGAGCAUUUCCACCUCCUCCUCUGACUCGCUGGACUUUGAUCGGAGCAUGCCGUUGUUUGGCUAUGAAGGGGACACUAACAGCAGUCUGGAGGACUUUGAAGGGGAAAGUGACCAGGAAAGCAUGGCACCCCCUUUGAAGCCCAAAAAGAAACGGCACAGUUCAUUUGUUCUCCCCAAGAUUGUGAAAUCCCAGCUGAGGAAAGUAAGUGGAGUGUUCAGUUCCUUCAUGACUCCCGAAAAGAGGAUGAUCAAGAAAAUUGCAGAGAUGUCCCAGGACAAGCGCACUUAUUUUGGGUGCUUGGUGCAGGACUAUGUCAGCUUUCUCCAGGAGAAUAAGGAAUGCCAUGUUUCCAGUACUGACAUGUUGCAGACAAUUCGGCAGUUCAUGACACAAGUGAAGAACUAUUUGUCCCAAAGCUCUGAACUGGAUCCCCCCAUUGAAUCACUGAUUCCAGAAGACCAAAUAGAUGUUGUGCUGGAGAAGGCCAUGCACAAGUGUAUCCUGAAGCCCUUGAAAGGUCACAUUGAAGCAAUGCUGAAAGAAUUCCAUACCGUGGAUGGCUCUUGGAAACAGUUAAAAGAAAACCUGCAGCUGGUGCGGCAGAGGAAUCCUCAGGAACUGGGUGUAUUUGUCCCAACACCAGACUUUGUGGAUGUGGAAAAGAUUAAAGUCAAGUUCAUGACGAUGCAGAAAAUGUAUUCACCUGAAAAGAAAGUCAUGCUGUUGCUGAGAGUAUGCAAACUGAUUUAUACUGUCAUGGAGAAUAACUCAGGGAGGAUGUAUGGAGCAGAUGACUUCUUGCCAGUGCUGACCUAUGUAGUGGCCCAGUGUGACAUGCUCGAGCUUGAUACUGAAAUUGAAUACAUGAUGGAACUCUUGGAUCCAUCUUUACUACAUGGAGAAGGGGGCUAUUACUUGACAAGCGCAUAUGGAGCACUUUCUUUGAUCAAGAAUUUCCAGGAAGAGCAAGCAGCCCGACUGCUGAGUUCGGAAGCCAGAGAUACUCUUCGGCAGUGGCAUAAGAGGAGGACAACAAACAGAACAAUUCCUUCAGUUGAUGAUUUUCAGAACUACCUUCGAGUUGCGUUUCAGGAGGUUAACAGUGGCUGUACAGGAAAGACCUUAUUAGUAAAACCUUAUAUCACCACAGAAGACGUGUGUCAACUCUGUGCUGAAAAAUUUAAAGUGGACAACCCCGAAGAUUAUAGCCUGUUUCUUUUUAUUGACGAUACCUGGCAGCAGCUCACAGAAGAUACCUACCCUCAGAAGAUUAAGGCAGAGCUGCAUAGCCGUCCACAACCCCAGGUUUUUCACUUUGUCUACAAGCGCAUUAACAGUGAUCCCUAUGGUGCCAUUUUCCAGAACAAUGAUGACAACUCCACUUUAUAGAACAGAUGCUUGUUAUUUGUGUUCCUUGAUGGAAACAUCUCGAGUGGCUGCCUUUUUUAGGAGGCAAACAGUCCUUAGACUAUAUGCCUAGUAAGAACAUGAGCAGCAGCUUUUAGCACUGCCUGUAGAAAAUAUACAUACAGUACUUACGGCCAAUUGUGCGUUAUAUGCUACCACGGUAUCUUAAGUGAGCAGCUGGUGCCGCUGAGUUUCUAGGAACACAGAUUCUUCUAAACUAUGUAACGCUAUUGCCCUCUGCAGGCCCAUUCCUGUAAGCAUGCUGAGAUUAAGUUUCUCAUACUUAUCCUUCAGCCAAAUGUUGUUUUGAUAUAAACAUAUAUGCUAGACAUACCUUUUGGGUGGACUGGCUGGUACACUCUCAAUUUCAUCAGCAUCAGUGUGACAAGACUGUCCGAUGCAGGGCAUCAGUUAACUUCCAAUUACGUGGAUGGUUGCAUCCUUUUCUCUCAAACUAUUUUUUUUUUUUUUUUUUUACAGAAAGGCUCCAUGUUUUUAUGUAUUUCAUAGAAAUUUUUAUAGCAGUUGCAGGUAAACUGUAAGGGUGGGUUUUUAAAAUAUUUUUUUAACUAUAAAGUAUUCUAUAAUUAUGCAUGUGACUUUUAACAUUUAAUAUACAAAAAUAAAUCUCUUGCUGGUUUUAGAGUAUUGCAUUAAAUGUCUAUGGUUUUUCUCUUGUUACUGGAGGGUUUUAUGCAGCUUUUGUUUUGAGAUUUUUGUGUUUCUGUAAGCAGUUUGUUGACACUGGUCACUUAGAUGCCUUUUAUAUGAACUGGAUGUGCUAUUAUCGAGACUAUUGUUUAUAUGCAGCAGUUUUAGACAGAUACAAGAGUAUGGAAGGGGGACAUGAAAUAAAUGAAUGUAGAGAAGAGGUAGAGAAUGUAGAGAAACUAAUUUAGGAAUCAAAUGUGUUAGUCUGCUGGUUCAGGCUCCUUGCAAAAAAAAAAAAAAAAAA